ACUUGCAGAUUCUGUCUCCGGGGUGGAGGGUGACCCGGAAGUGAGCAGUUAUUGCACACGUUAUAUUACAUUUAAUGGGAGGGAUUGCUGCAGGAGUGUGUUUGGUGUAUCCACAGUACGUUCCAAUUCGAAUCUUGCCCGGAGAGCUCGUGCGUUUGCUGAGGAGCAGCUGAAGAGAGAGAGAGGGAGAGAGGAUUUUGAAUGUUUUGAGGAAAUAGCAGGCCGCACGGUGUGGAGAGGCGCUUUAAUUUAUUGUGAUCUGUGACGGGAGUCUAUGCGUGUGCCGUUUAAAAGAUAAAACUUACUGGCUUUGAGAGUUUCCAGGUAUGAUAGUCUGCUUUCAUCCUCAGGGUUGAGUUGAGCUACUCAGGCCACACUUCAAUACCAUGGGAGCUGAACAGAGCACUUACGAUAAUAAGCAACUAGAAUGUCAUGCCUCUGCAACAAAUUCGCCAGCGAAGCAAAGAGCUAAAAUGGAUGAUAUCAUAGUUGUUGCUACGGGAACCCAGCAACCUGCUCGAACCACGUGGAAUGAUCCCGAUGUUAUUAAGCUUCAUGAAAUUCCUACUUUUCAACCUCUACUCAAAGGACUAUUAAGUGGUCAGACUACAACCAGCGGCAACAAAUUGGAGAAACUAGAUUCACAGCAAGUCCUAAAACUCUGUUCACGCUACCAAGAUCAUCUACGCCAGUGUGCCGAGGCAGUGGCUUUUGAUCAAAAUGCACUUGUUAAGCGAAUCAAGGAGAUGGAUCUGUCCGUUGUUGCCUUAUACAGUGUUAUGCAAGAGCGACAGAAAAGAUAUGCCAAGUAUGCUGAACAAAUACAGAAAGUUAAUGAGAUGUCUGCAAUACUCCGGCGUAUACAGAUGGGCAUAGAUCAAACUAUUCCACUAAUGGAGAAACUUAAUAACUUAUUGCCAGAGAAUGAAAGACUUGAACCUUUCAGCAUGAGAGCUGACAAAGAUGUAAAGUACCAGUAGACUAUAAGCUCCACCUUCUAUCCUUCAUUAGAUAUGUAAAUAGUCACCACCCAAUCUGCAGUUUGGAUAUUAAGUCAGUGAAGUAUCAUCUAUUUCUAGGUAUAUUGAGCAUUUUGUUGUAAUGUGCUCUUCUGACCCUCUUCCAAAAUGCUCUUGAUUACGUGUACCAGCUAAUGCCAUUAUGAACUUUUUUCACCCAGUUUUGGUGGAAGGAGUUACUUAUUAAUGAAGAGACUGCUAAAGUUAUUUGUAGAGAUUUGAGGUCAAAUACCUGCACCAAUUUGCACUACUACAAAGCAGUCACAUCAUGGUAGCGACUACUAAAUUUUGAAUUAAUCCAUGCAAAAAGGACACAAUACUAAUACCUUGAUUUGAAGACUUCGCUUAUUAAUUAAACUGUCUGUUGGUGUCCUGUAGCAUUCUUACAUGGCUAAAUGUGCCUUGUGUACAUGUUUGAAGCAUCUCAAGACAACAUGGUGGCUUUCCUCUUUAAUAUGUAAAGAUAUCUGUUGUGCUUGACACUUGAAUAAAUGAAUAAUUAGUCAUAGGGAUGGUGGGUUGCAAGCCUUCAUGCAAUUGGCCAGGGCUCUUGUGGCAUUGUGGUAGUCUUCCUAUCUCUGAGCCAGGAGACCUGGAUUCAAGUCCCAAUUGCUUUAGAGUUGUGUAAUAACAUCCUGAACAGGUUGACCAGACUAUCAUCUUACAGCUGGUGAUAAUGUACUGGAGUAUUUUCAUUGUCACUAAGUCUAAUCAUUGACCUCUAUAGAUAGAAAGUUUGGGAAGAUUUACUCUCAUGUUCUUUAAAGUAGAUCAUUGACUAGUUUGUAAAGUGGUCCAAUAAUGCUGAAAAGUGACUCCUGGACCCUUGUCAAAUAGUUGAACAUAGAAAUGAGGAUAUAACGUAAUGGAAGAUAUGGAGCCAAGGAAAACUAAUUUAAUCUUAAGGCAUUUUUAUUGAUGUAAAUUCAAUCACAAUUUUCCUUUUGUUACCUGCAACUAAUAUUUAUCAUCGCUCCAUACUAAAGUUUUUUUAAAAUUCUAAAGCCUGAAGUUUGAGUAAAGCUAGUAACAUAAGCAGGCUCUGAAUGUGUAUGAAGCUGCAGAGUAGUGCAAACAAUAUUGAUUAUGUUGCAUGUGGCAAAGAGUUUAAUGAUUACUAUUUAAUUUUAGUUCCUAGUUCCACGCUCCGCAACAAAGAACAUAAAUUUACUUGCCUCCAACAAAAGAAAGUAGGUUCACAGAUAAGAUUCUUCAGUUCAGAUUGAAAAUGAACAAGUAAUAGGGAAACAUAACUUUGCUGGUACAAGAUCGAGUUUCUACACAACUCUGAAGGGAUAAUGUACAGGUAAGAAUUUGAAAAGCAAAGGGAAAAGAAAUGCUGUUACUACAAAAGUGCAUCAGUAUUGUUGAUUUAUAAAUUAACCUAUUGAGUUUCAUUUUAGUUUGCAAGAUCCAUAAUCUUCUCUUCAGACAUUAUAUUUGACUAGUUGGCCAUAAAAGGAAUUGGUGAGCAAUUUCCUACUUGUAAAUUACAACUUUACUUCUGUGUUUUUAUUGGUUUUGAGAGCUCAUUUUAUCAGUGUUGAUGUAGAAGUAUUUUCAUUUCUAUGUACAGUAUAUUUUGUGCAUUGUAUUUAUAUUCUCAUU